GUCACAGCCGUUACGACGUGCCACCUGAAAUGUUGUCCUCCCGUUUGGUCGUUCAGCGGCUCAACCGUCCUAGCAGUUUCUAGCUUUCUCCGGCUUAGAUGUGGUUUAAUGCUCCACUUAAUAGCUGCUGUCAGAAUAUAACACGGAGCAUGGAUGUGUGUGAAACAUCGCGUUUUUAACCAAGAAAAAUAGCUUAACAGGAAAGAAAAUGUCAAACUGAAGAAAAUCUGCGCUCGUGAACCCAAGAAGUCGUCUACAAUGCUUCAGCUGGGAGAUGAAGUCACCCUCUACUCACUUGUCCUCGUGGUGGUCCUGCUGGGGACGCGGAGUCCGGUGUGGUCGGCUGUCCUCACCGCUUCCCUCUACUUCUUUCUAGCCAUGUUUCGGUUCCCGCAGGUGACGACCAGCCGAGCCCGGCAGGUGUUGCAUCCAGACUCCCGUGCAGUGGGCAGCGGUAAGGUGUCUGUGAUCGCUCACCGGGGCGGAGGACACGACGCACCGGAGAACACAAUAGCAGCCAUACGGGAGGCCAGUAAGAAUGGUGCAACUGGUGUGGAGUUAGACCUGGAGUUCUCCGCUGAUGGGGUCCCAAUACUGAUGCACGAUGAGACUGUGGAUCGGACCACCAAUGGGUCGGGACGUCUCAGCCAGAUCAAAUUUUCAGAGCUCAGGAAGCUGGAUGCAGCUGCAAAACAUCGGCUCAGGAACAAGUUUGAAGGUGAGAAGAUCCCAACUCUACAGGAAGCAGUGGAGGAAUGCAUCAGACUGCAGCUCACCAUCUAUUUUGAUGUCAAAGGUCAUCCGGACCAGGCAGCUGCAGCUCUUAAAGACUUGUAUCAGAAAUAUCCGGUUCUCUACAACAGCAGCAUCGUCUGUUCCUUCGAACCCAAAGUCAUUUACAGGAUGAGGCAGAGCGACCCUGAAGUGGUCACCGCGUUGACCCACAGACCCUGGAGCCUGAGUCGUCUUGGAGACGGUGUCCCGCGUUUCUCAUCGGCAUGGAAACAUCACUGGGUGACGCUGAUGGACAUCAUGUUGGACUGGGCGCACCAUCACGUGCUGUGGAGGCUCUGUGGCGUAUCGGCGUUCCUGGUACAGAAGAACUUUGUGUCCCAGGACUACAUUCAGUACUGGGCCCAGCGGGGGGUGGAGCUUGUAGUUUGGACCACCAACACAAAAGUGGAGAAGGCGUAUUACCAGGAGCUGCUACACAUCAGCUACAUCACCGACAGCCUGGUGGAAGACUGUGAACCGCACUACUGAGAAACACACACACACACACACACACGUUUAUUAUAAACAUAAUAAAGACAUUUUUACUCACCACUCCUCAGAUAUCUGUUACAUCAUAGAAAGUCAACAGUUCAGGAGACUUUUUAUGCUGAGGCACAAUUUUUAUGUUUAUAUUUGAGUUUUUCCUGGAGAAAAACAUUUCAAACCUUUAGAUUUAAUGCAAAGGGGCCAAAUAUUAGCAGUUAGACGCUGAAAUUAGUUUAUGUUAUAUCUGUUUAUGUGUAAAAGUCUCAAGUCAUCCCUUCUUUCAUGACUUUUCUUCUAACAAAUAAAAAGUUGUAAUUAUUUCUUGAUUUGUCUCCAGCGACAGUUCUCUGGACUUCCAGAAGGUUGUUUUAGUUGUUCUUUAGCUGGUUUUAUUUCCACUGUACAAAAAUGAUCACGUCUCAUAAUUUUAUUAUGAUUCAAAUUUAGUUCCUGAAAAAAAAAUCGACAAAAACUUCAAAUCAAAUCUUUAGUUACUUCUAUAAAUAAGUAGUAAAUAUUUUAUGAUCCAGAUAAUAAACAGCCUUAUUGUUCUCAUAGAGAGAUUAAAUAAUCUGUAGGGAUGAGAUGAGCUGAGCCUUGAUCACCAUGUACAGAGACUUGUUUAAAGGUGCAGUAUGUAAGAAUAUAGUGAGUAUUUUACAGUGAGAAAAUCCCAAAAGAGUAAUGUUUCAGUCAAUUUGGAAGGAAGGUUAUACUGAAACAUAUUUCCAGCUGGCUGUGGGGAUUGUCAGUUUUUCUCCUUUCAAAAUAAAGGAAGGAAGGACUUAACUACUGUUUACCACCAGUUUGUGUCGGGUUGCCGUGUCCCCUGCGAGCUAAUACUGCAGCGCCAACAAAAGCUUCAGUUGUUUAAAGUGGUUGCAGUAACUAAAUUUUACCACAGCAUGUGAUUUUUAUUCAUUUUUACAUAAUGCACCUUUAAGCGUAAAAGUUGAUAAAUGGAAGGUUUGAACAAUUUACAAAGAACUACUUUGUCAUGUUGUCUUACAGGUUUUUAAUAUGUUGCACAGUUUGUUCCUACUUCUUUAUUUAAAAGCUAAAGAUAACAGAAAACCAGAAUGUGAAAGCUUUGUUUAUGCUUUCAUAUUUAUGUCUUGAAAUCCAUCCAAGUCCUCUGGAGUCCAAGAUUCUUGUAAUGUUCGCAUUUUCCACUGUUUAAACUACCAGUUAAAGGUAUUUAUGACCAUUUAAUUACAAACUGGGGGGAAAAAAAGGCUCCUUUGUGUUAAACAGUCAGAACUUUCUUUAUCUUAAACAGUCUAGAAUUUAGAAAAUCAACCUUUCUGACGUCUUCAAAUCAUCAAAAAUCAGUUUCAUGUUUUUAUCACUUUAAAAAUCUAGCAGAGGUUCAGAAAAUCCAGAAAUGUUUUGCUUAAGCAUUUUAAAACUUUUUUUUUCUCAUAGCCAGAAUAGAAACCGCAGAGACUGAACAGACUGAUCCGCAGGGCCAGUUCUGUUCUAGGAUGCCCCCUGGACCCUGUGGAGGUGGUGAGUGACAGGAGAAUGACAGCUAAACUGUCAUCCAUGUUGGACAAUAUCUCCCAUCCCAUGCAGGUGACUUUGACAGCUAUGAGCAGCUCCUUUAGUGGGAGACUGCGGCACCCAAGGUGUGGGACAGAGAGAUUCCGGAGGUCUUUCCUCCCCACUGCUGUCAGACUUUACAACAAAUCUGUUGGAUGAAGUGUACUCUGUAUUUCUAGCUGUAUCUAGUAUGGUUAUUAUUUUUUAACCCAUUCUUAAGGUAUAAAAUGUCUAUUGUAUUGAGUUUAUUUUAUCUCAUUGCGAUCGGUCUUAUUGUAUUUUAGUGUUUUUCUCCCUCUGCAGCAUAACUUUUACUUUUACUUUGCUUUUACUUGGCUGUAAACGAAACAAAUUUCCCACUUGUGGGACUAAUAAAGGUCAUCUUAUCUUAUCUUAUCUGAAACAA